UAACGCUCUGGAGAAUGGGGCGUUCGCACGCAAGUAUUUAGCCUCCGACUGAGCAGAUUAUAAUUAUGAGAUUUUUGACUCCAAUAGCAAUGUGCCACUAGUUUAAAGUUCUCGUUUCUCCCUGCGUCAAAUUCAGAGUUGCUUGGUUGGUUGGUUGGUUUUCUUUCUAGUACGCUUACUUUAGCCUACAUAUUAGUCGUGCGAACAUCAAGUGGAAUUUAUUCGUGUUCAGUCUGCACGUUUGUGCUGUCCUAGGACGUCUGGAUAAAACGAAUGUUCGGACGGAGAUCGUCAUCUCAACACAAUAAUGCAACUCUGACCGAUCUGAUGCGAUCAGACUAUGCUGAUUUCGCAGCCGAAAACUGGCCGAGUGUUGGUCGACCAGAUGGAUUAGGCGACGGAGCGCCCCGCUGAAAGCCAAGGAGCGCACGUGAGCGGCGCAGCAGGAUGAUUAAUAAACACAAGCAGAAGGGUUUUACACAGGUUCUACUGCUCAUCUGCAUGGUCACAGUGCUGUUACCACUGACACAUACUGCAGGACACAACGUGGUUAGCCAUGUCAGGACCGGAACGUGUGAGGUCGUAGCAUUACACCGAUGCUGUAACAAGAACAAGAUUGAGGUGCGCUCUCAAACUGUCAAAUGCUCCUGCUUUCCAGGGCAAGUGGCUGGAACUACCCGAGCAGCACCCUCCUGUGUUGAUGCCUCCAUAGUGGAGCAGAAGUGGUGGUGUCAGAUGCAUCCAUGUCUGGAUGGAGAGGAGUGUAAGGUUCUACCUGAUCUUACUGGCUGGAGUUGUGCCAUAGGGAACAAAAUCAAGACCACAAAGAUAUCCCCAGACCGCGACCAGAUUUGGUAACCCCUGGAAACCAGAUACAGGUUAACCAAGAUUGCAGUCUUGAUCAAAAUGAAGUUUUGAAUCAGCCCAUCUUUUGCAAGUAACAACCUGAAGAUGAGUUUUCCCUGCAAAACGAACUCUGGACUGCACCAAGCACAUUUCAAUGCUACUAUGUAUUUUGUCCCUUCAUACUUGUAAAGCUUGUAGUGGAUUACAGAAGUCAGUAUUGCUUACCAUUUUGCUCAGUUUUGGCUUUCUAUGGCUAUUCUAUGGAUUAACAGCAUGACAGAAAAAUGAAAGUGUGGUACCCAUUUUGUUCCAGUUAUGAAAAAAUGUGAUUUAAUCUAUCUGAUUUACCAGAAAUGGCAAUUAGACUAAUGGUAAAAAGGAUUGUAUAGAGCUGAAAUAAUAUUUAUGAACUUUUUCUGUAGGCCAGAGGGCCUUCAUAUUCUGAUAUAAAUGUCCAUGUAACCCUAUGCUAUGUUAUUCAUUAAUGCAUAUGUAUUAAUUCUGUUAUAUUUAUCACAGUAUUAAGACAACUGUAGGUGUGUGUAUA